AUGGCAGCAAAUGAUGUCCCUUGCUGCGAGACUAUGUUCUGGUUCUACUUAAUCGCAUGUUUUGCUCUAGUUGCGUUCGCAGGUUUAAUGUCAGGACUGACUCUUGGUCUCAUGUCCCUUAGUCUCGUCGAGCUUGAAGUCAUCAUCAAAGCAGGUGAACCCAACGUGCGCAAAAACGCUGAAAAGAUCCUUCCACUCGUUAAAAACCAGCAUCUUCUCCUCUGUACACUCCUCAUAGGCAAUGCUUUGGCAAUGGAGGCUCUACCAGUCUUUGUUGAUUCGCUUCUUCCAGCUUGGGGUUCUGUUCUGAUAUCUGUGACUCUCAUACUUGCAUUUGGAGAGAUUAUACCUCAAGCUGUAUGCUCUAGAUACGGGCUGAGCAUUGGAGCAAAGCUAUCAUACUUAGUUAGAUUCAUUGUCAUAGUCUUCUUCCCAUUAGCUUAUCCAAUCAGCAAGCUACUCGAUCUGUUGCUUGGGAAAAGACAUUCUACACUUUUAAGACGAGCAGAGCUCAAGUCAUUUGUGUACAUGCACGGAAACGAGGCAGGAAAAGGAGGGGAACUGACUCACGAUGAAACAACAAUCAUAUCAGGAGCUCUUGACAUGUCUCAUAAGAGUGCCAAAGACGCGAUGACCCCAGUUUCCGACAUAUUUUCACUUGAUAUAAAUUCUAAGCUUGACGAAAAGACAAUGGGGUUAAUAGCAAGUGAAGGCCGUAGCCGAAUCCCUAUUUACUCUGUGAAUCCAACUGUCAUCAUCGGAUAUAUUCUGGUCAAGAACUUGAUCAAAGUCCGUCCUGAAGAUGAGACACAAAUCAUUGAUCUCCCCAUCAGAAGAAUGCCUAGGGUCAGUUUGAAUUUACCACUCUACGACAUCCUCAACAUCUUCCAAACAUGUAGAAGCCACAUGGCUGCUGUCGUUGGGGCGAAGAACUGCACCAAUACCAACACUCCUCUCCAUGACAAGAGCAUCAUCAAUGGAACGGCUUGUAAAGACGGCAACGUUGUUGUGAGCAUUCCUGUGACAAACUCUGGCGAAAACAAUCAUCAAAUUCCAAUCCGAUACAUUGAUAGUAAUACUGAUGAAGAUGAAGAGAUCAUUGGGAUUAUAACUCUGGAAGAUGUUAUGGAGGAACUGAUACAAGAAGAAAUAUUCGAUGAGACAGACCGGUAUGUGGAAAUUCAUAAGAGGAUAACAAUAAACAUGUCGAUAUCUAGAGAUUCGAGGCCACAAUCACCGGAAACUGCUACGGAGAUGGCUUCUCCUAUCUCACCAUAUCGCUCAAGUCCACUGUCGCCGAGCAUCAUGAUCUCUACUAUGCUCCGGUCACCAAUAAAUUCACCUUACCGUCCGUCUCCGUUGCUCCGGCCAACACUUUGCGCUUCUCCACCGGCACAACAACCUCCGUCGGUGCUUUCACCGGACAGUAAUGAGCGCUAUUACUAUUCGUCUCCUAGUGGGGUGUUGAGGAACUCGUAUGUGAAGCUAUCAAGAUCAAAUGGUUCGUAA